UGCUACAGGUCCGGAGGGAUGUGCAUCGGCAGCAUAGGAAGCAACGCCAACCAGCCAGACUACGUCGAGAACGUCGUCUUCGAGAACGUCGAGCUCCACGAUAGCAGCAACGCCGCUUGGAUCAAGACCUAUCCCGGCCGAGGAGGAUAUGUGCGAAACGUUACCUUUCGCAAUAUCCACUUUGAGAAUGUCAACCAGCCCAUAUACGUUACCUCUUGU